CUGAUCGGGUUUGCUGGUAAGGUUAGUGACACCUGAGGCUCGGGACAGGAGCAGGAUACCGGGGACGGGAGGCGACUGUGAGAUAAUUUGAUCAUUUUCAGACACUUGUCACUGGCGUCUGACUUAUUUUCGACUGGGGAUAUAUUUUGAUGACCACUGACAGCGUACGACCGUUGGGAAUUGAACUAGUCUGCCCUGUACGUUUGACCGCUGUCGGUGUCCUACAGUUAACGUUAGCCUUAGCUAGCUGUUAACGUUAGCCCUUAGCUGUUAGCCUUAACGUUAGCUGUAAAGGAAACGUCACCGCCGCACGGUAUCUCACCGCCUCCAGUCAUUUGAAUGAGGGCAAGAAAAAAAACGCUUUCUUUUUGGGGAACGAUCUUGCAGUGAGGAUGUCUUUGAAUGAAGAGGGUUAUGUGGUUCGGAUCAGAGGACUACCCUGGUCCUGCACGCAGGAAGAGGUUGCCAGUUUUUUCUCUGACUGUGACAUCGUUGGGAAAGUAAACGGAGUGUGCUUUACCUACUCCAAAGAAGGACGUCCUAGUGGAGAGGCUUUUAUUGAGCUGAAAAUGUCUGAGGAUUUCAAGAAUGCCCUCGCCAAGGACCGUAAAUACAUGGGACACCGAUACAUAGAGGUGUUCAAGUCGAACCGUAGUGAGAUGGACUGGGUGCUUAAACGUAGCGGCCCUGCUGACUAUGACAGCUGCAGCGGCUCCAUGUUGCGACUUAGAGGCCUUCCCUUUGGCUGCAGCAAGGAGGAGAUUGUUCAGUUCUUCUCAGGGUUGAGAAUCGUGCCAAAUGGGAUUACUCUGCCAGUGGACUACCAGGGGAGGAGCACAGGGGAAGCCUUCGUGCAGUUUGCCUCAAAGGAGAUAGCAGAAAAGGCUCUGGGGAAACACAAGGAAAGAAUAGGGCACAGGUAUAUAGAGAUUUUUAAGAGCAGUCGCAAUGAGAUCAAAGCCUACUACGAGCUGCCCCGGCGGGGGAUGGGAGGCCAGAGACCGGGGCCCUACGAUAGACCCAUGAUGGGGGCACCCAGGGGAGGGUUUUUUGGGCCCGGGCCUGGCCGUGGUGGGGCUCUGAUGGACACCAUGAGGGGUGGAGGGGGCUAUGGAGGAGGUUACGGUGAUUUUGACAGCUACAAUGGCUUCAACAACUACUGUUUUGGCAACGGCAUGUUUGAUGAGCGAGUGAGAGGAGAAAGGGUAGCAAGAGGGAUAGGAGGCCACGGUUACGGUGGUCAAAAUGAUGUUUGUUCGAGCCUCCACAGCGGUCAUUUUGUCCAUAUGAGGGGUUUACCUUUCCGUGCCACAGAGGGAGACAUCGCUAAAUUCUUCUCUCCCUUGAAUCCCCUGAGGGUCCACGUUGAUGUGGCUCCCAACGGGAAGUCGACUGGAGAAGCAGAUGUGGAGUUUCGCUCCCAUGAAGACGCUGUGGCAGCCAUGUCUAAAGACAAGAACCACAUGCAGCAUCGCUAUAUUGAGCUGUUUCUUAACUCAACAGCUAGUGGAGCAGCUGAAAUGAGUCGUGGCGGUGGUGGUUACUAUGGUAACUCAGGAGGGGGCGGAGGCUCACGGAGCAGCGGGCUGCGAGGUUCAUACUGAUGUCAUCCCACGCUUCCAAUCCAUCCUGGCGUUUGUCUCGCGUCUCUUCAGGCCACAUUCACUCGAUUACUUUUUCUAAGCAGAAGAGCUGAUCUGAAGUCAGUCAUUUGUUUUGUAACCGCUGUUCUUUUUAUGGUGGUUGUACUAAAAUCUUAUUUCAGAUACUAGAACAGAUCAGAUAUGACCUCAACAAGCACUAUUAUUAUACCAUUCCUCAACGCAUAUGAAGAACGUAACUUGUCAAUAUUAAGAUGUUGGAGAUGUUGUGCUAAAUGUGGUUAAUGGGACAUAUAGAGCAUUUCUUGUUUCUUACAUUAUUAUUUUUUUUAAACAAUUGGUUAUAGUAAUAGUUUUUCAUGAUUUACAUGAAAAGUACUACUUUUUUUUAAUCAAACACCAAUUAUUUUGCCAGAGUUUUGAAUGGCAUUGAAAGGGAUGCACUUUAAUUUGUCUUGUUUCACAUCUCACUGUUGGCAGGAGAUGUUAGUCAGUGCAGAGGAGACCGAUGAACAGCUGAGGGAUUUAAUAAGUAGAAAAGGAUCAUUUUGAGCAUGGUCACUUUGAAUCUAAUAAGUUGAUGUGAACUUUGCUUUGGAUUGGAUGACGGUCUGGGGUGAAUGAUGCUCUUUAGGAGGUGGAGCAGUAAGAAGAAACGUCAAAACAUUCCAUCUCUAAGAAAUUCUGAUUUUAAAAAAGAAAAAAAAGAGGGGGAAAAAAAGUAGUUUAUAAAACCUUUGUUUAUUCUGGUUUAAACUUAUUUUCAGCAGUACAUUUGACCAAGCUGUAAUAUACUAAUUCAAACUGGAUUUCAGAUCAGCUUUUCUGGUUUGAAAAGUUUGAUAAAUGUGAGCCAUUGUGUUUUUUAUGAAUGUUUUCAUUACAGAAUUUAAAACUAAGUUGAAUAUAUAUUCCACUCUCAAAGAGUGAGAGUGAAAUAAAGUCUCUAUAUUUGAGCUGUACAUUUUGCCUAAUAAAUUUUAUAUUUAAUUAU